AUGGACAUAACGACCUUGUUUUUCACCAGGCGGGAAGACUCCCUUCUUUCCGGCGAUUAUAACAACUACCGAGCGCAAACCUCGCGAAGACUGCACACCGUGCGAAAGAAGCUCGGACGUACAACGCCCAAAGGCCGCAAGUACAAUGGCCAAGCACCCAUAUCUCCUGAAGAUGUUGGGACGAAAGCAGAAUUCGCUCAUCUCUUGGUCCUAAGUGCAGAGCGAGCAUGGGCACAUGCAAUGCACAUGAAAGCUACUCACUCCGCCGAUCCUUCGAAUAAGGGAGUCGUUGGGCCCACGAGACGGCAUAUCAUCACCAGACUCAAUAAAGCCAGCAAAUACGCGGAGCAGCUUGUAUCCGUUUUACAGAAGCAGUCCCUUUCAGGUGCAUCUGACACCAACCUUCUUGAAGCACGUGCCUAUCUUGCGCUUCUAUCUGGUGCCUUGUUUACGGAAAAGCAGCGAUGGGAUAGGUGUCUCCGGUAUUUCAGCGAAGCUAGAAUUAUAUACACUGCGCUGGGACAGAAAGAAAAGAAAGAAGCAUAUCGCGACCUCAUUUCCGCCACAAUUGACCCGUCACUUCGCUAUGCCGCCUACCAGCUUAGACUUCCCCGCAAUAAACCUCUACCGUCACUUGCCAUUGAAAACUUCCCGGAUAACAAAGAGAUAAGGGCCGAGGUUGAGAAGCUUGAUGCGACCUGUUUGACCGAAAAUGCUGCGGGGACUACGAAAUUAGCGGAUGGCGAAGUCCAACAACUACCCGAAAGUAUUACUUGGAGAUCACGUUCCGUUCCAAUUGAAGAUGCAUCGAUAGCACAAGCGCUCGCUGCGGCUUCUGCUGCGGAAGCAAAGCUAGCCUCUUACCUAUCAGAACGUCCAUCCGCAUCGGCGAAAGAGAAAGCCGCGGCUUAUGAUACCCUUAUUCAAGCCAGUCAAGAAGCCGUUGAUGCUACUAAAACUACUUUGGAUGACCUCUCGAAUGAAGGAGUUGAGCAGGGUGACCGAAGGAUUCAGGCACUACAGGUUAUAAGAACUGCAGUCAACUAUUCGCUCAUCGGUUGGAGAGUGGGUAGAAAUAGAGUAUUGAGUGGGGAAGGCGAUGGUCUGUUUCUUGACACUGAACAGGGUAAAUCGGACCGACGUCACACCUCUACGCGAUCGAGCAACAGCAAAAUUCUGUCACAGCUUCGUGAGAAAGUGGCAUUGUACGACUCGACCCUUCAGAGUCUCGAUUUCAUUCGGGAAUUACCUGGAGUGGCAGGCGACUCGGAAUUUGUCACGGAACUAGAAGUGAAGCGGGAUUAUUUUAGAGCAUUGCGGUGCCUUGCGAUUGGUCGCUCUCAUUCUUCACAAGGGAAUGUGGAGAAUGCUCUUGCUUUAUUCUCACGAGCCAGUGAAUUAGCCACUGCUACACUAUCGAAUAAAAUGGGUACUACUGCUAGUGAUGGGCCUACAAAACUAGAUAUUUCCCCCGAGCGUAUUCAAUCCCUAGCCGAAACCUCUGAGGGGCUGGUUGCGCAACAUCGUGGCUUGGUCACCCUAAACAAGCUUUCUGAAACGAAGCAUGACGCUGCAACGUCUCAGUUGCCUUUGAUCCAACGGAUGGAUGAAUAUACGGCACAGGGCCUGGAUACGAACAAUUUGGUCCCAUUCCCGCCAAAGAUGCAACCUGUUGCCGUCAAGCCUAUUUUCCUCGAUGUGGCAUGGAACUACAUUCAGUAUCCUCGUGAAGGGAAGCAGCAGGGUGCUGAGAAGGUGCCAGCUGAAGAAGAAAAGGGAGGCCGUCGCGGUUGGUUCGGUUUUGGGCGUUAG